AUGGAGCUUGUACUUACCGGUCUAAUUGGAGAUGCCUGUCUGGUCUAUUUGGAUGACAUCAUCAUCGUAGGCCGUACGUUUGAGGAACACCUUCAAAACCUGGAACGCGUGCUCAUGAAGAUCCAGAGUGCCAACCUCAAGUUGAGUCCGAAGAAGUGCUCACUAUUCAAACGGCAAGUUAGUUUUUUGGGGUAUGUAGUGUCGGAAGAAGGUAUCCGCACGGAUCCAGAGAAAAUUGCCGCUGUCAAGGAGUGGCCGGUUCCAAAAGACAAGACACAGGUUAGAGCAUUUUUGGGUUUGUGCUCUUAUUAUCGGCGAUUUGUGAAGAACUUUGCAGAUAUAGCCAAACCUCUGCACAAGCUAACCGAGGAGAAGCGACGUUUCUGCUGGGAUGAAAGUUGCGAUAUUGCAUUCCAGGAGCUCAAGAACCGUCUGUGCAAAACACCUAUUUUGGGGUACCCUGAUGCGGGCAAGGAAUUCAUAGUUGACACAGACGCAAGUGAUAUAGGACUUGGCGGUGUGUUGUCUCAACUGAAUGGUGAUCAAGAGAUUGUGAUAGCGUACUUCAGCAAGUCGUUAUCAAAGCCGGAAAGGAACUAUUGUGUCACAAGACGGGAAUUGCUUGCUGUGGUAAAGUCCUUGCAGCAUUUUAGCAAAUAUCUUCUAGGGCGGAAAUUCCACUUACGAACUGACCAUGCUGCACUGAAAUGGCUAUUGCAGUUCAAAAAUUCGGAAGGACAAGUUGAGAGAUGGAUUGAACUACUACAGGAAUACGACUUUGUGAUCGAACAUCGCAGCGGGAAAUCUCAUGGCAAUGCAGAUGCAUUAUCAAGAAGACCUUGCCCUGAAGAUUGCAAGCAUUGUACUAGGCAAGAGGGUAAAGAAGUGGUAUCUGCGAGGAAAUUCAGGACAGACCAGCUCAGCAAUGAAUGGAAGGACAGCCUACAACAUGCACAGCAGGAAGAUUCGGACAUUAAGCCGAUUCUGGAAUGGAUGCAGGCCAUUGCUCCUAAGCCCAAGUGGAGCGACGUCUCAGCAAUGAGUUCGACCAUGGAAAGCUAUUGGGCCCAAUGGGACAGCUUGCUGAUUCAGGAUGGAGUCCUGUGCCGUAAAUGGGAAAACGGUCAGGGAGACAGGUGUCACUUGCAAAUGGCUGUCCCUAAGGCUAAAGUGCCGGAUGUUCUACAGCUGUACCAUAGUGGUUGUUCAGGAGGCCACCUGGGAGUUAAACGAACUCUCCUGAAGAUCCGAGAACGGUUUUACUGGGUCCGCUGUCGUGACGAUGUCGAGGACUGGUGCCGCAAAUGUACAAGUUGUGCGGCUGUAAAGGGACCUCAAAUUCGUAGUAGAGGCGCAUUGAAAUUGUACAAUGUUGGUGCACCAUGGGAGAGGAUAGCCAUUGAGGUUGCGGGGCUGUUUCCAGAAACUGAAAGUGGUAACAAGUAUUUCAUGGUUGUGAUGGAUUACUUCACUAAGUGGCCAGAAGUCUUUGCCAUUCCAAAUCAAGAAGCUUCAACAGUUGCAGAUAAACUAGUUAAUGAAGUCUUCUGUCGUUUUGGAGUACCCUUAGAGAUUCACAGCGAUCAAAGAAGGAAUUUUGAGUCUCAAAUAUUUCAGGAAACUUGCCGAGUUAUGGAUACUCAGAAAACACGAACACGAACACACGAACUUCUUACCACCCACAAUCCGAUGGAAUGGUGGAAUGAUUUAAUCAGACAUUGGAGAGGUACCUAG